UCCGCGAGCAUUAAAACGCCGAUGCGGCACUUCUAAACCAGACGACAAACGGGAAGUUGUUCCCGUUGGCUUGAACGUUCGCUCGCGGUGAACCGACGAUGCCCGAAUCUAGCCUGACUUUGCCGAGUGCUUCCGAUUAAACCCGAAUAGCGACGUCAGAGCGGUCGCUGCCUCGCCUCGAAUAUUUCCGGUUUUGCCCGACGCUUUCCGAACUGUCCGUCCUGCCGGACUGCUGGAGGCGGCCGCAGCGCCAUGUUGAACGAAAUCUCCCAUCUGACUAAAAAGGGACUUUUAAAAUAACAGUUACUGAAAAGACUUCAUAAUCAAGUAACUGAAGAAGGCGACAUCUGUGGUGUACCUCUGGAAACUAAAGACGAAACGGAAUCGAGGAAACCCCGGCUGGGGAGGGGGAGACAGACCCCCCCACCGUCCCCAUGAAGAUAAAACCCCAAUAAAAAUCGACACUUUCUUUAAGAAAAUAUUUUUUUCUUACCGUCCUGGUUCAGCUCCAGGAUUAAAAGUCUGUUCCGGUGGCUCGGUCGCCGCAUUUAUAUAUGUAUAAUUUUUUUUAUACUUUUUUCUUAUUUAUUAUAUUUUUUUCCUUCGGUUAAGAUUUUUGCAAUGAGUUUGCCGCCGAAAGCGGUACCGAAGACAGCCGCCGCCGCAGGAAGUGGGCCCGGAACCGGGCCGUCGCCACCAAGUCAGCUGCGAGCUUUGCCCACCCCGGUGCCGGUACCGGGGGCCCCGACAGUGCCGCCGCCGGCCGCGCCACCGCCGCAGAUUCCCCGAGUUCAGCCUACACUUGAUGAUCGGAUCUUCCCUCCGCAGGCCGCGGUAACAGCUGUCUACAGUCCCGUACCGAGGCAGCUUGGCACUGCCCCUGCCUACCCAGCACAUGAAAUCACCAAAGGACACCCUAACCUUGCGGCCACACCCCCUGGCCACACCUCCUCUCCAGGACUCUCUCAGGUAUCAGUAUCUGCAGCUCACCUAUAUCGCUGCCUUAAGAGCUGGGAGUCAGUCGGAGGGUCGCCAUACACGCCUGCUCAGAAUGCUGCAACUGGACCCCUGGUGUAUGCUGCUCCUCCACAGACAAUGAACGCACAGCCUCAGAGCCGUCCGUUUGCCACAGGCCCUCGUCCUACCCAUCAUCAGGGAGGAUUCAGACCAAUCCAGUUUUUUCCAAGGCCUCAGAUGCAGACAGCAAGAGCUCCCAUUCCCAGCAACAGUCCAUCAAUUCGCCCAGGAUCACAAACCCCUGCUGCUGCUGUAUAUCCUCCAAAUCAACCCAUCAUGAUGACAAUGACAGCCAUGCCCUUCCCCACACCACAAGGUCCCCAGUACUAUAUUCCACAGUACCGGCACAGUUCCCCAUAUGUGGCACCACCUCAGCAGUAUUCUGUUCAGCCUCCAGGUCCUAGCACUUUUUAUACAGGUCCUGGACCUGGGGAGUUCCCUACAGCCUAUGGAGCACCUUACUAUCCUGGACAGACAGUGUAUUCCUCUCCUCCAAUUUUAGUGCCUACACCACAGCAGCCUCCUCCAGCAAAAAGAGAGAAAAAGACUAUCCGUAUUAGAGAUCCUAACCAAGGUGGUAAGGAUAUUACGGAAGAAAUAAUGUUAGGAGCUGUAGGAGGGGCUGGGAGUCGAAAUCCAACACCACCAGUUGGUCGACCACCUUCCACACCAACUCCACCCCAGUUUUUAUGUCCACACCCUCAUUAUCCUCACAUUUUCUACCUCAAAUCCCAGCAGCUGAGCAGCCAAGUCCCGGAACAUGGGCAUGUGAUGUACAAUAUGGAGAACACUCCGCUCAUCCCUACAGCUGUUGAAUUAAAACAAGAAGAGAAGCCAAAACAGGAGCCUUUAGUUUUCAAAUCCUCGUCUCCAGGUCUGCGACCUGAUGUGGGAAAUGAGAAGAGGGAUCAUAUUGGACAAGUCCAGGAUUUGCCCCUUCCAGAAAAACCUGUGCUUCCUGCUGCUGUGACCAUUGCUGCCCCUUCACUUGCUGCUACCACCAAUAUUCCUGUUUCAAUGCCGCCUGUUGCUGCUGUUUCCAUUGCUUCCUCCAGCAAACCAGUAUUCAUCAGUGACAGAUCAGAACUGGCAGUUUUGCAGGAAGAGGUGACAGCAGCUGCUUUGGCUUUUCCACAAUCUGACAUUCCCGAAGUUGAGAGACCCUCUUCUGGUCCACCCAGGAAUCUGUCGCCUUCCCCUGCAAAUGUAAUACCUUCUUUGAAUGUAGGGCCAGUCAUUAUGAAAGAGAUGAAUGGAGUGAGUGAAAAAGAAUCAGCUUCUGUUGAAGUGGAGCUUGAGUCCCAGGAUCUUCCACUGAUGAGACCAUCUCAGCUUCUGACUGCCAAUGCUGAAGCAGACAGUGUCCUUUCUAAAGACACUGAAGUAGACAGCCCAUCAACUGUCCUUGCUGCAGAAACUUCCACUGGCACUUGUACUGUUGCUACUUCCCCACCUUCCAUCCUGCAUACAACCUCUCCAGUAUCUGCAGAUCACAUUGAAUGCCCAUCGUUGCCUAUAACAUUAGAAGCACAAGAGCUGCCCAGGAAAGGAGGUAGUGAUAUAGAUGUACAGAUAGAAGAAGAAAUUGAUUCCUUGGAAAUCAAUUCCAGGAAAAGUCCUGUACAAGCUCAGACUGCUCCACCUGCACCAAAGACCUGGAAGAAACCAAAAGAAGUUCAGAUUGGAGAAAGAGAUCUAGAAGUGGAAAAAGAGGUCAGCACAACAAAUUGCCAGCAUGAAAAUAAGGAGGAUGUAACAGAGGAAAGGGUUCUUGAUUUGGAGCCAGAGGGACCCUGCCCAGUCCAAACAGAGAUAGAGAUGAAGCUGCCAGUCGUAGAGGAGAAUGGUGAACAGGAGGCAGAGCCUGUGGGGAAUGGAGCAGAACACAAUUGUGAGAAUGAAAGCAGUGACCUCAUUAUCCCUACAGAGAGCAAGGAAAACUUGGAAGCACCGCAAUACAUUUUCCAGGAAGGUGUGUCUUUUCCCUCAGACACUAAUGGAAAGAAGCAGUAUGACCGAGAAUUCCUGCUGGGAUUUCAGUUUAUGCCAGCGUGUAUGCAGAAACCAGAAGGACUUCCUCCAAUCAGUGAUGUAGUCCUUGACAAGAUAAACCAACAUAAGCUGCCAAUGCGGACCCUGGAUGCAAGGGUUAUAUCAAGGGGUCCAGAUUUCACUCCUGCUUUUGCAGACUUCAGCCGUCAAAUUUCAGGAGGGCGCGGAGCUCCUAUGAUCAGUGUGGGCCAAAGACGAUCCCAGCCAGGUCAACGUAGGGAACCUCGCAAGAUUAUCACCAACGUGUCUGUAAAUGAUGAUGUACAACUAAAAAAGGCAGAGAAUGCCUGGAAACCUGUACUCAAACGAGAAGGUCAUGUGGAAGAUCCUGAAGGCAUAAAAACACAGGAACUAUUCCGGAAAGUGCGCAGCAUCCUAAACAAACUUACUCCUCAAAUGUUUAACCAGCUAAUGAAGCAGGUGGCAGAUCUGACGAUUGAUACAGAGGAGCGACUGAAGGGGGUUAUUGACCUUGUUUUUGAGAAAGCCAUUGAUGAACCAAGUUUUUCAGUUGCUUAUGCCAAUAUGUGCCGCUGUCUUGCAACAUUGAAGGUGCAGAUGACUGAUAAACCCAACAGCACUGUGAAUUUUCGGAAGCUUUUGUUAAAUCGCUGCCAGAAAGAAUUUGAGAAGGAUAAAGUCGAUGAUGAUGUUUUUGAGAGAAAGCAGAAAGAGUUGGAGUCUGCUGCCUCACAAAGUGAGCGAGAUCGUCUUCAAGAAGAGCUUGAGGAGGCGAAGGACAAAGCUCGAAGGCGAUCCAUAGGAAAUAUAAAGUUCAUUGGUGAACUGUUCAAACUCAAAAUGUUGACAGAAGCUAUUAUGCAUGACUGUGUUGUGAAGCUUCUUAAGAAUCACGAUGAGGAAUCCCUGGAGUGCCUUUGUCGGCUACUGACUACGAUAGGUAAAGACCUGGACUUUGAGAAGGCAAAGCCUCGAAUGGAUCAAUAUUUCACCCAAAUGGAAAAGAUUGUGAAAGAAAGGAAGACAUCAUCUCGAAUCAGGUUUAUGCUACAGGAUGUGAUUGACUUAAGACAGAAUAACUGGGUGUCAAGAAGAGCUGAUCAGGGCCCUAAAACUAUUGAGCAAAUUCACAAAGAAGCUAAAAUUGAGGAACAGGAGGAACAGAGGAAAGUCCAUCAGCAGUUAUUAUCUAAGGAUAAGCGACGGCCAGUUGUGCAAAGAGAGGAAACCUGGAACACUGUGCCCAUGUCAAAGAGCAGCCGGACGAUAGACCCCAGCAAGAUUCCCAAAAUUACCAAGCCAACAAUAGAUGACAAGAUCCAGUUAGGCCCAAGGGCCCAGCUAAGUUGGGGUAAAGGAAGUAGUGGUGGGGCUAAGGCCAGUGAAUCAGACUCCACACGUUCAGGCACAAGCAGUUUGAACAGAUUUUCACCCCUGCAGUCAGCAACACAGCCUGUGUCUUCAAUAGCUGCCCCAGCUACUGAUUUUGAUCCUCGUAGAACUCUUAACAGUGGCCGUAGCAGUACAGCACGGGAAAGAAAUGACAAACCAGUGAGUGCACCCACUGCCCGGUCUGGCACUUUCACUCGAGGCAACAGCAGCAAAGAGCUAUUAGACAAUCUCACUCAGGAGGAACAAAGACGAGAAGCCCUUGAGACCGUGAAGCAGCUGACAACCAUGGCAGAGGAGAAAGGGGGUGUUGAAGCUGACCAGACUCGUGCUCGGGAAACAGGGAAACUUGAAGCUCCUGUAAUCACAACUACAGAAAAGCCUGCACUGAGUGAAGAGGAGAUGGAAAGAAAAUCAAAAGCAAUUAUUGAUGAGUUUCUGCACAUUAACGAUUAUAAGGAAGCAGUGCAGUGUGUAGAAGAGCUAGGUGUACCUAGUAUGAUGCACGUUUUUGUGAGAAUGGGUCUGGAAUCCACACUAGAGAGAAGUCAGAUCACUCGUGAUCAUAUGGGCCAGUUGCUGUUCCAGCUUGUGCGUUCUGGAGGUCUUUCCAAAGAGGAAUUCUUCAAAGGUUUUGUAGAUACCUUGGAGGUAGCUGAUGACAUGGCAAUUGAUAUUCCACAUAUAUGGCUGUACUUAGCAGAACUAAUUACCCCCAUAGUUCGUGAAGGAGGAAUCUCUAUGAGAGAAUUAUUUACUGAAUUUAGCAAACCUUUACUUCCUUUAGGAAGAGCUGGUGUCUUAUUUUCUGAAAUACUGCACCUACUAUGCAAACAAAUGAGCCAUAGAAAAGUUGGGGCCAUGUGGAGGGACUCUGGCCUGAACUGGAAGGAUUUUUUACAAGAAGACGAGGAUGUACAAAACUUUAUCUCCAAACAGAAAUUAGAAUACACUAUUUCAGACUGCUCAAGUCCCACUGAAGCACUUUCUAAAAAAGAACUUUCUCCUGAGGAACUGAUGCAGCAACUUGAGAAGCUCCUUUUGGAGGACAUGGCCACUGAUGAACAAAUCUUUGACUGGGUAGAGGCUAAUUUAGAAGAAUCUCAAAUGAGUUCACCUCCAUUCCUUAGAGCUUUAAUGACAGCUGUUUGCAAGGCAGCAGUGAAAGAUGAAAGCAACUCUUGUCGUGUAGACACAGCAACCAUCCAGCGAAGAUUGCCGGUAUUACUCAAGUACCUUAACUCUGAUACUGAAAAACAACUGCAAGCACUUUAUGCACUACAGGCAUUGAUAGUAAAACUUGAUCAGCCUCCAAAUUUGCUGAGGAUGUUUUUUGACUGUUUAUACGAUGAAGAUGUCAUUUCUGAGGAUGCAUUCUAUAAAUGGGAAUCUAGCAAAGACCCAGCUGAACUAAGGGGCAAAGGAGUAGCUUUGAAAUCAGUCACAGCCUUUUUCACAUGGCUUCGGGAAGCAGAAGAGGAGUCUGAAGACAAUUAAAGAAGUCAUUUCUUCGCCAAUCAGUGCAGAAAGGCCAAUAGCCACUAUUAAACUUAAAUUUAUUAAAAAAUAAACUAAAACAAAAAAAAAACAUGCACAGAUAGGAAUUAAACACAAUUCUGGUGAACAAUUUUUGGUACGGUUCCUUAAAAAUGCAAACAAAUUUAGUUUGAAGUCACGGGCGGAGCACUAAAUAUAUGUAUUAUUUAUAGAAGAUAUUUUUGUUUUAAAUUUUAAACUUUUUUUUUACUUUUUAAAAGAGACUUGUUUAAAAGAAUUUCUGUGCUGCGAAGAUAUAGGUUAUGAACAGUUUAAUUUAUUAUUUUUUUAAGUACUGCAAAUAACAGAUUUAUUUAAUAUUUGCAGUCUUGAUUAAGGACAAUAUAAAUAGAUGAAAAAUAACCCCCCUGCUUUCAAAACUGCACGAAAACAGGGUACUUUUUUUUGGGUGGGGGUUGGGAGGUGGGGAAAAUUUUAAAAGGGGGGGCAGCUGAAUGAAAGAUGUGUUAAAGACAUCUAUUUUAAAGGUUAUUAUUAAAUAACCAAUUAAAACACUUCCUGCCUGCUUUGGCCAGCUUUCUGUGAAUUGUAACUCUUCUGAAUGAGGACAAAUACAGCGCAUUCAGGAAACAAAGUCUGAAUGAGUAUAAAAGAAACAAAAAAAAAAAAACCAACAAUCCCAGAUGACAGAGGCUUGUUGGGAGAAAUAAGUGCUUGUAAUACAACAUAUAGAGCAAAUUUAAAGCUUGUAAAUACAUUAAAGAAAAGAGGUAUUUAAAAAGAAAUGAAAA